AUGGCGGCCAACGACGCCAAAAGUCCCAGUGCAGAUGCCAAUACUGUAGAGCCAACCCUUCAUGAAGCCAAUACUUCAGCCGACUCAGGCGGUGUGUCCUUCAAAGACGUCUGGGAGAACCGACGUGUUCUUUCCUUUUGCCUUUUGAUCUUCCUACUUCCCAUAAACUUUGGCUACGAGAUUGGCACGAUCGGCAAUCUUCUCGCCGUCACCCCGUUCCUUGAGGAAUUCGGCCAUGAAGUAAACGGCGAGUUGCUCAUCUCUGCCCGAGAUCAACAGAUUCUCAAUGCUGCUACCACAAUCGGGCUCUUCGUUUCGGCCUUUGCUACUGGUUUCAUUUCCGAUCUCGUCGGCCGAAAGAAGACCAUCCUGCUCGCGGCCUUGCUCUGUGUUGCCGGCAUUGUCGUCCAGUAUUUCAGCCUUUCAAUCCCAACCCUCUUCGGGGGCAAGCUUCUUGGAACCUUUGGCUUCGGACUGGGGCACUCGUUGGGUCCCGUUUUCGUGGCAGAGAUGGCACCUGUCAAGCUCCGCGGUGUUUGUCUCGCCCUUAUUAAUACCAUGAUUGUCAUUGGACAGUGGGUCAACUCCCUCGUGAUUUACGGCUGUUCUAGUCGCUCCGACUCUCUCGCUUGGCGCAUCCCCAUCAUCACCCAAGUCGUGCCACCAAGCUUGCUCCUGUUUGGGCUUCUCCUGUUGCCUGAAUCUCCCUCAUGGCUCCUCAUCCGCGGCCGCAUUGAAGAAGCCAAGAAGUCCUAUCUCCGUUUCAACGGCCCUGAUUAUGACGCCGACGCGGCUGUUGCCGUUGCCUUACUCACCAUCCGCAAGGAGCAGGAACUCACAAGUGAGGGAGGUUCAUGGAUCCAGUGCUUCAAGGGAUCCGACGGCCGCCGCACCUUGAUCAUCUGCAUGGUCUACAUUGCGCAGCAGUUUGUCGGUGUCAACUUUGUUUCUGGGUACCUGACCUACUACUUCCGUCUUGCCGGUGUCAAUAACCCUCUGGGCAUCGCACAGGCAGCAUUCGCCAUCCAGCUCUUUGGCAAUAUGUGUUCCUGGCCGCUGGUCGAUCGCCUGGGUCGCCGGCCUAUGCUUGUCGGCGGCAUGAUUGUCAUCACCGCUGGGUUGCUUAUUAUCGGUGGUAUCAGUACCGUAAACAACGAUUCCGCCCUCAAGGCCACCGUUUCUUUCAUGGUCGUUUGGGGUUACCUUUACCAGAUGACCCUUGGUGCUGCGGCCUACCCAGUUGGCGGUGAAACUCCCAGUGUGCAGCUCCGCCAAAAGACGUAUGCAAUCAACAUCAUGAGUGCCACUGCCGUGUCCUGCCUUGUCCUGCAAGUCAUGCCUUAUAUGAUCAACAGCGACGAGUUGAAUAUGGGUGGAAAGAUCUGUUUCGUAUUCUUUGCCUUCUCCGUCCCCAUGUGUGUCUACCUAUACUUCUGUCUACCGGAAAUGAAGGGCCGCAACUACGCCGAGAUUCAGGAGAUGUUUGAGAAGGGGGUCCCCGCCCGCCAAUUCAAGCACUACAAGUGCCAGGUUGAUGAGGCGAUUGCGCACAAGAAGUACGAGUUGGAGGAGAUGCGAGUCGAGCAGGCUUAA